AUGGCGCCCAGUCUCUUGCUAGACCCAGAGUCGCCGCCAUCGUCCUAUGUCCAUGCUGUUAAGCAACCCUUCCAUAAAGACGGCGGGGUAUCACUCAAGGAAGCCCAGGCUCCUGUGAGCGGCGACUUUUCCUUCUCUUCUGCGGCUAUGAACGGCAAUGGUGGUGCCCAUGUCAAUGCCAACGAUGGCUUCUCGUCUGGCAACAGUUUCUCAGAUGCUCAGCAAGGCGGAAGCGAUUUCACUACUGCUCAAACUCUUCGUCAACAAUCGGAAAGCUAUGCGAGUCAGGCUCGCAAUUUGCGUGACGGAAAGCGUCCCAACAUCUUGUACAUUAUGGCCGAUCAGAUGGCCGCACCCAUGCUAAAGUUCAAUGACCCAGAGUCAGUUAUCAAGACACCUCAUCUUGAUGAGCUUGCCAGGACUGGCGUCAACUUCGCAAGCGCUUACUGCAACUCACCUUUGUGUGCACCAUCUAGGUUCACCAUGUGCAGCGGCCAGUUGCCGUCCAAGAUUGGAGGAUACGACAACGCUUCCAUCCUGAGCCCAGAGGUUCCGACCUACGCCCACUACCUCCGUCGACAAGGCUACGAGACUGCGCUCGCAGGAAAGAUGCAUUUCAUCGGUCCUGACCAGCUCCACGGUUUUGAACACCGACUCACCUCCGACAUCUACCCUGGUGACCUUGGAUGGUCCGUCAACUGGGACAAGCCGGAGGAGCGCCAGGAGUGGUACCACAAUAUGGCUUCGGUCAUGCAAGCCGGGCCGUGUGUGCGAUCAAACCAACUCGACUAUGACGAGGAUGUCAUGCACAAGUCUCAACAGUACCUUUACGACUACGUUCGAUCAGACCCUGAGACUCGUCGACCUUUCGCUUUGACCAUCUCUUUGACCCACCCACACGACCCUUACACCAUGAUUCAGGAAUACUGGGAUCGAUAUGAGGGCGUCGACAUCCCCUUACCCAAGGUUGAGAUUGCCCAAGAGAACCAAGACUCGCACUCCCAGCGUCUGCUCAAGACCAUCGAUCUGUGGGAUAACCCUGUCCCUGAUGAGGCGAAGAUCCGCGCUCGCCGUGCAUACUUUGCUGCUUGCAGCUUUGUCGACGACCAGGUUGGCAAGCUUGUCAAACUCCUCAAGAACUGCAGGCUAGACAAAGACACCAUCAUUGUCUUUUCUGGAGACCACGGUGAUAUGCUUGGCGAGAGGAGUUUGUGGUACAAGAUGAGCUGGUACGAGAACAGCGCACGAGUACCGAUGAUCAUCAACGGACCCAACAUCGCGCCAAAGCAGGUUAAGGAGUCGGUUUCCACAAUGGACCUCUUGCCGACUUUUGUCGAUCUAGCUGGGGGACAAGUUGACGAGCGCCUACCACUCGACGGUUCCAGCCUCCAUGACUAUCUCGUCUCAGACAAGCCAGGCAAGGACGAAGUAUUCGGCGAGUACAUGGGCGAAGGCACCGUUACCCCGACGUACAUGAUCCGUCGCAACCAGUGGAAGUUUACAUACUCUCUCGCAGAUGGACCACAACUCUACAACCUUGUAGAAGAUCCACAUGAACUGCAAGAUCUUGCUACCUCGCCAGAGCCUUACAACCAGAAGAUGCUUGCUAAGUUCGAAGCUGAGGCGCACGAGAAGUGGAACUUCAAGACCAUCCACAACGAUGUUGUGCGAAGCCAGCGCAUGCGCCAGCUUGCUUGCAGCGCGCUGAAGAUUGGUCGCAAGGAGUCUUGGGACUACCAGCCACCAGCCAACGACAAGGACCGCUUCAUCCGCUCCCACAUUCCUCUGGAUGAGCUCGAGCGCCGGGCCCGCUUCCCCAUUGUGGACUAUCUGGGCCGCGAGAAGUCAGCUUCAGCAUCCCACCAUGGUCUUGCUGGAGCGGCUGGCCAGUAA